GAGGACGCUAAGAAGACAAGGUUUUGUGUCCAGGGACGCCCAGUCAUCCUACAAAGCUGAUUUCUGAAAAGGAGGGGACAGAUGCAUAACUGCUUCCCCACUGGUGACCUGGGUCUGGGAUCUUGGACCAGAUGAUCUUGAGGGUCCCUUCUAAGUAAAAUUCUAGGUGUUUAUGUUGGUUUAAAACACAGGCGCUUUGAGAGCAUCUUGGCCAGUUUCCUUUCUGGAAUUGUUGUGUGAUAUAAUCAAGACAUUUACCUGGCUCUUUAAGUCUACUGGUUGGUUGGCUCAGGUGUGGGGAAAGUGCCUGGUUUGGGGAACAACAAUGUUGUUUACAUUCUUUCUGAAAAGUCACGAGCCAUAGGCAAGAAAUGAAAGUGAAAUCGGGAUAGUGUCAUCAGUCAGCACAAAUGUGCCGAAGUUCAGAGAGCUGUUUACUUAGGCACAAGUGUGCCUGCCAGCCAGUCAUAAGCUCCGGGCUUAUGCUCGGGGCUACAUCUUUUCCGUCUCCACCGGCCUUGCUUUCUGGAGCCUGACAUUAGGAAGCCAGUGAAGAGAGAAGAAUCGACCGAACCUGAUUUCCUGCUUCUCCUCUUUGUGAGUGUUUUGUGGGUUCUGCAUCUUCUUUUUGGUACCCAGGAAGGUGCCCUGUGAAGGGCAAAAGAUGCUCGUCCUGCAGUCCAGGAGGAGCAACCAGCUGCUGUUCCUGGGAAUCCUGACGCUCGCAGUCACAGUGACCUUCCUGCUGUUCUUCGCUCUCCUCUGGAAGGCCGGCAACCUCAUUGACUUGCCCAACCUCAGAAUUGGCUUCUACAACUUCUGCCUUUGGAACGAGGGCACUGGCGCCCUCCAGUGCCACCAGUUCCCUGAGCUGGAGGCCCUGGGGGUGCCUCGAGUUGGCCUGGCCCUGGCCAGGCUUGGCGUGUACGGGGCCCUGGUCCUCACCCUCUUCGUCCCCCUGCCUCUCCUCCUGGCCUGGUGCAACAGUAACGAGGGAGAGUGGCAGCUGGCCGUGGGCUUCCUGGCCACAUCCUCCACGCUGCUGGCCAGCGGCCUGGGCCUCUUCCUCACCUACACAUGGAAGUGGCUCCGGCUCUCCCUCCUGGGGCCUGGGUUUCUAGCUCUGGGUGUCGCCCAGGCCUUACUCAUCCUCUUGCUUAUGGCCACAGUCGUGUUCCCUCAGAGGGCAAAGGACAAGAGCUGGAGAGCGGUCAGCUCUGUCUAAAGGCUCAAGUGACUGCAAGGGUUCUGGGUGAACGGUGCUCAGCGAAGGUGCCAGAGCAUUCACAGGCCAGCCUGUGUCACAGCUAAUGCUGAUCUCAAGCGCUAGCAGACGGGACCCCCCGCAGAAGGGGGGGCAUCUGACGUCAACGAGAACAAGAGGCAGCCAGGGCAGCCUGGCUCCUUCGGCUUGUUAGUGUAGUGUCUGUCCUUUGGGACUUGCAAGGUCCCUAAGGACACCCUAAAACCACGUAGCUCAUUGUCACGAGAAUUCCUGCUUUAAUUCACUGAUCUGAACAAGCCACUCUUACUUUAUCUUCAGAACAAUGGGGAGAUAAGGCUUCCUGUCAUGGGUCCAGAUUUCCAAGACAAGUUGCCAAAUGCCAGACUGGAACCCAGUGAAGGUUCAGGAAGAAACACCUUGGUGUCCCUGGGGGUCCUGCCUGGCAAGCUCCCCAUCUCCAUCCGAGGUGGGUAGGAGGCGAUAAGCCCCUAGCCUCUGACAACGCUCCCAAAGGCCCAGGAAUGAUCUGAGGGAUUCAC